ACAGGCCGAUAAUACAGUGACCGCCGUCAUCUUUCGUUAGUGGACGCCAUAAAUGAAAUGCUAGAUGUUGUUUUUGCAUUGUGGAUGUUGAAUUUGUUAUCGAACUUUUAUGCUGUGGAAUGUUGAACUCCAUUGCAUGUCACCUCAGUUGCCUCUGUGGGCUAUUUUGGGGUUGCACCUCAAAACCCCUCUGUUUCCAGCCUCUGUUCAACACCAUGCUUCCAAGCGCUGGCUCCCUAUCUGCUUGCAAUAGUGGGAAUUACUGAUUGCGCUUAUGGAAUUAGUUUCGCCAGUUUCAACUGCUCUUAGCCACGUGAUUAAGAACAUGCAUCCGCAAGGAGCCUCGGCGUCCCUUAGUCAGGCGCCUCACAUUCCCCAAGGCUUGACAAAUAUGCAUCCAAAUACAACUGCAGCGCACAACUAUACAAACCAGCACACGUUUUCGUUAAAUAUAACGUCGACGACAACGGGACCUUUCAGUCAAAGUCAGGAGCAAGCCCCUGCUAGCAACCACCCGGUAGCCAAUCCAGGGGGCGGCCAAACCUUUAUCCAGAAGAGCAAUAAUGUGAGUGGGACCACUAGCACAAGCCCCGCCCCGGUUCCUGUUGAAGCGUCCGUUGAGAUGCCUCUUCCAGAGAAGUCCCAAUCGAAUGGUACGUCUGAAGAUGGUCCACCUCAGCUUGGGCUUCUAACAGGCAAUUCAGUAGCGGCGAAGGAUAAACCCACAGCCUCCGAGAGCUUGUCGGAACCUCCAGCUGCUGAGGCGAAGGCUGACGCACCCAUUCAGGUAAUUCCUGAUAAACCUGAGCCAGUUGAGGAUGAAUCAUCUUCCAAGCUGGACCCAGAGACUGAGCCCAAGGAUACGCAUAUUGAAAACGAGGAAAAAUCAGAGCCUUCGCCGAAGGCAGCAAAGCAGGUAGAAGAGGCACAAGUCCAGACCAAAUCAGAGCCCGACUGUAUAAAAGACAUUGCAGCCACUCCCGAAACUGAUCCCUUGAAAACUCCCAUUGAAGUGGCAAAUCAACAAACUCCGAAACCUCAAGUUGUUAAAUCCUCGAGGAAAGUAAAGGCUCCUCAAGAUGAACCAAAGGCCGGCACAAGUAUGAGCACGGCAACGGCGCAAACCACAGCAAAACGACAGCGACUUCGGACCCAGCACUAUCAAAGCCCCCUGCCAGAGGUGGAGUUUGUGUCGAAAAUCAGCACCAGCACUGCGAAGAGCAACGACGAGAAGCUGAUGGUGUUUUACAAAAGCGAGUUCUUGGCAGUGCGGAAUGCCGAAGGCGGCUUUUACCUUUGCCAGACGGUCCAAAACAUCUACAAAACCUCGUCGAAAAUCAAAAUCCGUUGGUUGUCGCAAACCAAGAGCGACGACAAAGGAGAAGAGUACACCCCCGACUUUUAUGACUUAAUUGAUUUCGACUGCAUAUUAACCAACCUCAGUCUGAACAAAGCGGAUAAGGGCAAGUUCAUUCUGCCCACUUCCGAAAAGACACGGACUCAGAGCAUACUGAACCGAUCUCUGGCGGUGGAAAAGGGCGAAGAAAUUGCCGCCCCAUCUCUAACGGCCGAGCAUCCCGACGGACUGGACCUCUCGCUGUACCGAGAUGAAGAUCAGUUGAAGAAGCGAAAGUCGCGAAAACGACCUCGGAAGGCCUCCCCAGCCGCCCCCCAGAAAGAACUGACUUCCAAGAAGACACCUAAGGCGGCCAAAGUGAAAAAGCCAAACCCUUUGCCCAAACGAACAGUUCCGGCCGCCAAAACCGCAACAGCCUCAAGCUCAAAAGCAGUCGCACCGGUUUCCAAGCCAGCCAGCAAGAUCUCCAGCAAAGCAGCCACUAAAGCUUCGGUCAAGUCCAAUCCAGUGGUGGACCAGAAAAAGGCCAAAAUGAUAGCGCGGAUAGGGCGAAAAGCUGCGUUGGCAGCGGCGUCAAAAUCUUCUACCAAAAGCACGUCGCCCAAAAAUGGAAAAUCGGGCAAAAAGACUGCGGCCGCUCCGAAUAAAGCAGCCCAACCCAAAACGAGCCUGUCGGCUAAAACUACGACCCGAAGUCUGCGAAAAUCCACUCGCAAAUAAAUCUAAGAGAAGUGGCAAUAUUAUUGGAGAUGUGAGCGUUGCCGCUUCGCUCUGUACAUUUUGUGUUUCGGUAUAUUCUAUGCUGGUUUGCUGCAACCGUUAGCCAACCAGUUCAUUGGUUGGUUGAUUGUAGUCAAACUUAUGUUGUUUCAUUGUUCGGAUUGGAAUCCAAUCUUGCCCAAACUCCAGCACGGACCAAAACUGACUACACAAAAUUAAUGGUGUGCUUGCCAGAUUCGCUUAGGGGGCUACUGACAUGUGAACAGCCACAUAUUGCUCAAUUUCUUGACCAUGUUUCCACUUAAAGAGUUUAUUGAAUUAUCGAGAAGCAAGGGAGAUUUCGAUCGAUUGAUCCUAAGCCACUUUGGCAAGCGCUCGAAUUGGCCAAUCAGCCAAUAAGUUAAGUAUUAUAUAAUUUGUAAACUUCCGUUCUCUCAACGUCAUUUCUCAUCCCCAGCUUUAUACACUAAUUGAACUUAUAAAUAAUAAUAAAUACUACAAGGGUGGAGUGUGUUUCUAAAUGUAAAUAAUUAACUUAAGUGCAGUGUUUGUUAGUGAGGAUCAAAUGCAAUUUGGAAGCAUUUUAAAUCCUGUGUCUAGUGCAAAGAAACAAAUUAAGAGUAAAAGUCGGUUUAUUAAGAUUAUCGUUGGAUUCAGACAAUUGUAUAUCCUGUUUAGUUCCGGUAAGGUAAUUUGUAAGACGUAUUUUGUACUUCCUAGCUCCUAACAACAUCCAUGUCAGCACUUAAAAUAAUAAAUAUUUUCAAUUAUGUGAGA